GCUCCGCCCCGCCAGCUUCGCAGCUUCCAGGUCCCGGUGAAGUUCGAGUCUAACUACAAUGCCGGCGGCGCGAACGGCGAGGACAGUGUCCAAUGGUCGCAAAGUAUGGGCCAGGUCACACUGACCCACCGACUCGAGGGCAUCCUCGAGGAUCGCCGGGAGUGGUCCAGUGAGGACGUGAAGGUGGAAAUGUCGGCCAAAGGGAUGAAG